AUGGCUAUAGCUGCGGUGCCCGGGGCGGAAAGCCGGCUGUGCGGGAACUGUAAAAAGGACAUUCCUGCUCCUAAUUUCAUCAUUCAUGAGAUCCACUGUAGCAGAAAUAUUGAAUUAUGCCGCUACUGCAGUGAAUCAGUCCCAAAGUCGGAAAUGAAGAGCCAUAUUGAGUCUGAGCACAUGCAGGUUACCUGCAAGUGUAGGAUGAAGAUAGAGAACAGUCUCUUGAAGGAUCAUGAGGCGUCGGCGUGCCCGCUGCGUCCUGCCCUCUGCCAGUACUGUGACAUCCAGCUGACUUUCAACAAGCUCCGGGACCACGAAAUUUACUGCGGAGCCAGGACUGAGACGUGCGGUGGGUGCGGCCGUAACGUCAUGGUGAAAGAUCUAAAGGAGCAUCCUCCGCUCUGUGGGCACGAGGUGAAACAAGUACGAGGACGCAGAACGGUGCCUCGCUUUGAGGCUGAGGAUGGAGGUUUGCACACCCUUCGAGACGUUAGAAACCGACUGCGAUCAGGUAACGGUGCUGGGCCUUGGUGGAGAGUCCCCAGGGUGCCAGAAAAGCAGAUUUGAGUAGGAGACCACCCCCUUAAGGACAUUAGCAGAAGAAAUGUUUCAGCAGCACUAAGAAAUCCAAAAAGCGAGGGUGAACUGGAGUGGUUGGAGAGAAGUGAGAACGCUCAUUCUUCCCUUUAUGACGAGUGGAACGCUGAUUUAGACCACGUGUUGGCUCUCAGCCUGCAAAAUGAGAAUAAUCCUCCCAAGAGUGCUGCUGGUGGAAUUCCCAGUGACUUCUGGGAAAACUACUACACCAAAGAGUCUGUGCCAUCUGCCUGGCUUCAGGAAACAGACAAGUCAAGUAUCUUCUCCUGUGACUCUUUAGCGUCUUUCAGCACGUCAAACCUCAUAAAAAACGACGAGGUCAUCAUGCUGCCCUGUGAGUUUUGCGAGGAGCUGUACCCUGCCGAAGACCUGAUCCUUCACCAGUCGUCCAAGAACUGCGCCGAGUCCUGCGGCCUCUCGGUGCGGCGCGUUUCAGGAAUUCCCGUAACCGUCCCCUCGGUCCUGUGGCAGCUCGUUGUGAUCCCUGAGCCCGGCUCCAUUGCGACCUGCGCCCCGCCAGCCCCGCCGCCGGCUUUCCGUCCCUGCAGCUGCCGCCGCCUCGAGCCCAUAGGAGAGACUCGCCGGAGCCUGCUCGGAGACGCGUCCGGCAUCAAGUCUGCUAUUGGCUUUCCACAGAAAACAGAAGCUUUGUCUUCAAAAACGCGUAACUUUGUGCCUUACCCCCACCUCAUCCUCCUUUCGGGUGUCACGUCUCCAGGAGAACUGGCUCUUAGAUCAAAGAUCAUUUUUGAGUACAAAAACGAGUUACAGGUGUCUCGCCACACACUGGUUAUUCCGAAAGCUUAUUCGGAAAUAGGAUUAAGUCACGGAUUAUGA